CAUGUGUCGAGCAUUGCAUGUAUAAGCAAGAGUGGGGUGGUGGUUGUUUAGAAAGCAAGCGGAAGUGCUACCGCGAUAGGAAAGGCGCAUGCCUAACAAGGUAACUGCAACCUGUAUACGAAGGUACACGCACGCUCAAUAGCAAGUGUGGCUGGUCAAUCACCUUGACUCUCUCCAGCCGUAUACAAGAGCUCACCAGACCGUUGCGAGAGCUUUUCAAGUCGAACUGAAACUCUCGCCAACCAUGUCUAACAACAACGUCUUUGAAGAUCUCAGUGGGAUCUCAACCUCGUCCUUCAGCAACCCAUACCAAGCGUUGAUAGCAGCCUGCGAAGAUGAUCCAGCGCAAAUCCAGAAAAAGUACGCUCUUCAUCGAGCAACAAGAAAUUCCCAACAAAAAGCCAAGAUGCUAGACGUCAGUUUCCCAGGAGUCAACAUCGACCCCAUCCUGCUCAGGUUGAGCGACCCAACCAUCGAACCUGGCUACGUAGAUCCAAGACAUUGUCUCGUCUUCUGGGGCCGCCCUACGCAGAAGGUCAAAGAUCUUAUUCAACGAGUCCAGCAAGAGCUGUUGGCUGUUGCGCCGAACCUAUGGCUCAUGCCUCGGGACUGCCAACACAUCACUGCUUUAGAAGUCACACACUCCAAGACAGUAGAGGAAAUCCAGAAGCUGGUUGAACAGAUGCGCGACAAAGCACCGGCGAUCACCGACUAUACUUCCCAACACCGUGUGCGACUCAUCAAACCAACAAUCGGCUACGACGCUUCAGCUCUCGCAUUGAGCUUUGUGCCUGCUGCCGGUGAAGGACUUCGUUCUGGUCGAACCCUAGAGGAUGACAAGUUCACAUACCAUCACCUCCGCCACGAUCUGUUCGAUCUCUGCAAAGACACUGGCGUCACAGUCGACUCAAGAUACGUCGUGCCUUCAAGUCAUCUGACGAUCGGCCGUUUCAUCAAUACCAAAGAUCUCGCUGAUGACCAGGGCUCGCCAGACCCUGCAAAGAUAGCCACAUUCAUCAGGAAGAUUGAGGAGAUCAACAGCUGGCUGGAGAAGGAGUUUUGGCCAGAGCACAACGAUGGCCAGGUUCCUGACGGAGGCGAGUUCAAUCUUGGAGAAGAGACAGGGUUGGACUAUCGCAUGGGAACAUUAUGGUACGGAGGUGGCGAGUCUGUACGAGUGAUGGGAAGACGGGUGUGGAUUGUGGCAGCCUGGCAAGCGGGGGUGGCUACGUACCUCAAAUACUAUAAACUGUGCACCUCCUUCUCCAGUACUGAGACAAGCAGCAUGUUCAACCGCGACAGACCCUCAGGUCUUUCUGGAAGCUCUCCAAGGCCUCCACCACGCAACGACGGCUACGGGCAACCUCCACCACAACAAUCUCGACAACCCCCACCACAGCCUGGCUACGACACGAGGAUGGGAGGCUACGAUGAUCGCCAACAGCCGGGCUAUGGCGCCCCUCAACAGCGCAUGCCUGAACGAAAACCUCCAGGUGGCGGUGGAUCUGCUAGACAAUUGCGACCCAUUAAGAGCCCUGGAGGCAACGCAUACGCCUUUGGCAACUUGGUCGCAGUCUCACCCCAAGAUUUCCCACCAAUGCCCGACGGCAGCGACAUCUACAUCCUCGUGAACGGCAACUAUGUUUUGUCUGCGAGACCUACACAAGGCUGCCAGCCUGGCGAGAUCGGUCUAACGGAUGCGCAGAGAACUUGGGCCGGAAUCACGCUUGGUCCUCAAGAUAUGGUUGCUGUACAGCCCUACGAUGCCUUCAGUCAGGGCGGUGGGCAGUCAUACUUGGGCGGCGUUGAAGUAGAGGUUGGCUUUGCUGCCAGGAAGACAACAGACACUCCGUAUGAUCAAGACGAGCUUGCGACGCAGUUCAAGAAGAACUUCGAGAACCAGAUACUUGCGCCUGGGCAGCAGCUUCUGUUGGACGUCAAGAACGUUCCUCUGCGCAUGUCGAUACGGACAGUGCAGCUCGUGGAUCUCUCCAUGGAGAAGUCAGAUACUUCUGCUCCUCCAUUGACAGACACCAGGGCUCGAGGUAUCCUCACCAGGCACACCCAAGUUGACUUCUUCAAGGAUGCCCGAACAGACAUUAAGCUGAAGGCGUCAAACAGGCGACCUGCUGCCAACUCAAUUAUUCAACCAGGGUUCAAGUUCGAAGAUAUGGGCAUCGGUGGCUUGGAUACAGAGUUCAGCGCCAUCUUCCGAAGAGCUUUUGCAUCUCGAAUCUUCCCUCCUGGUCUGGUGGAUAAGCUGGGUAUUCAGCACGUCCGAGGUAUCCUCCUCUACGGUCCUCCGGGAACCGGAAAGACUUUGAUUGCGCGUCAGAUUGGGAAGAUGCUGAAUGCCAGAGAACCCAAGGUCAUCAACGGUCCUGAAGUAUUGAACAAGUACGUGGGUCAGUCUGAGGAGAACAUUCGUAAGCUCUUCGCCGAUGCCGAGAAAGAGUACAAGGAGAAGGGCGAUGAGAGUGGUCUGCACAUCAUCAUUUUCGACGAACUUGAUGCUGUGUGCAAGCAGAGAGGUUCCAGUGGUGGCGGUACCGGUGUGGGCGACAGCGUUGUCAACCAGUUGCUCUCGAAACUGGAUGGUGUCGACCAGCUGAACAAUAUUCUGCUCAUCGGUAUGACCAACCGAAUGGACAUGAUUGAUGAAGCGCUUCUGCGAGCUGGUCGUCUUGAAGUGCACAUGGAAAUUUCGCUACCAGACGAGUCGGGACGAGCACAGAUUCUCAAGAUUCACACCACCAAGAUGCGCAAGAACGACGUGCUUGAAUCGGACGUCAAUGUUGAAGAGCUGGCUAAGCUUACCAAGAACUUCUCAGGUGCUGAACUCAACGGUCUGGUAAAGGCAGCGUCUUCGUUCGCUUUCAGUCGACACAUCAAGGUUGGCACAAUGGCAGCCAUCAACCCUGACGUUGAGAACAUGAAAGUCAACAGACAAGAUUUCCUACAGGCGCUGGAAGAAGUCAAGCCACUCUUCGGUGCUGCUGAAGAAGAGCUUGGAAAGCGCAUCCGUGGUGGUGUCAUUCACUACUCGCCAUUCAUCAAGGACAUCUUGGAUGAGGGGCGCUUGUACAUCAAUCAAGUUAGGAAACCAGAUUCGACACCUGUUCUCUCCGUCGCGCUGCAUGGCCCGCCUGGAAGUGGUAAGACAGCGAUGGCCGCGAGAAUGGCCAUUGACUCUGGUUUUCCAUUCAUUAAGCUCGUGUCACCCGAGGACAUGGUAGGCUUUAGCGAGAUGCAGAAGGUACAGCAGCUCGACAAGACCUUCCGAGACGCGUACAAGAGUACACUCAGCGUCAUUGUGAUCGACAACAUUGAAAUGCUGGUUGAUUGGGUGCCGAUUGGACCACGAUUCAGCAACACUGUUUUGGUUGCGCUGAAGGUCUUGUUGGAGAAGCAGCCACCCAAGGAUCGUCGCCUACUCAUCUUCGCAACGACAACCGAGCGUUCGGUACUCACUCAGCUCGAUCUCUUUAGUCGCUUCGACGCCGAGAUCGCGGUGCCGAACGUCAACACACAACCCGAGCUCGCACACAUCCUCCGGGAGUCUGGUGCGUUCUCGGACCGCGACCAACAACGUGCCAUCAGCGAGAUCCAAGAGAUCACUGGCAGCACAGAGAUUGGCGUCGGCAUCAAGAAGAUCCUCACGGGUAUUGAGACGGCCAAGCAGGAUCAGGAUGUGCCUGGCCGCUUUGCGAGGGUCAUGUCGAGGGCUAUUGCCGCGAACAGGGGAUCAUCGUAGCUUUAGACCUUUGUCGCGUUGUAGACAACCACAAUAUAAGCCUCAAGACUC